CAAACAAUGGAAUCAUGAAAUGGUAGCAUGCUCGGGUUGUUUCGUCUUCUCCUCCGAAUAUCAGAACUCCCCAACUGAUUGGGGUUUUAGUUGCUUCGGCAUUCGGUCUGUUUGCCCCCUGGUACACAUGUAGUUAUCUAUUUUGGGCCAACUUCAGCUGCUUGUCCGAUUGUAUACGAGUUACAAUCUCUCUGGGUCUUCAGUUCUGAUUAAAAUACAUCUGUGAAACACGCACACAUCACUCUCGCUCGUCCAUGCUUUUGCCUGACACCAACUUCGAAAGAGACCAAGAAGAACCCUAAGUUCCGUUGGCCAUUAUGACACCCAAACAAUGAAGAGAUUCAGAUGCAUGCACUUUGCUUGUGAAUUAAACUAAAAUGCAGGGAUUUGACAAGAAUUCAGGUCCAGGUGCUGGUAUCCCGAAACAGCAACCCCCCUUCGGUUACCGCCCUUCUUCGCAAUCACCCUCAUCCGGGUUCAGUGGUACUUCUCUAAAACCCGAAGGUCAUCGAAGUCCUGCAUUGUCGCCUAUCAUUCCAUCACGUAAUCCAGGAACCGAGUUUCCUGCCAAAAUCCAACUUCAAGAUCUGAAAAGAACAAGAUCACCACCUUUACUCUCCACUGAUAAAGAGCUUCUGCAAAACUCAAGAACUGUUGUAGGGAGCCACUCUGUUCCUCUGAGAACCAAAUCUCCUCCUCAUAUUUAUCAGAAAAGUCUUCCGGGGAAAGGCUUUGGCCCUUCAAGUGAAACUAAAAGGCCUUCUGUAUCUCCUCCUAGAUUAAGUACAAGACUCAUUAGUCAAGCUGAUCCAGAAAGUCAUGUUUGGUCUCCACCAUCUGCCGAUUUUUUUACACCCGAAGCACCUGCAACUAAUCCAAGCGAUAUCCCAGUUCCAAAAAGGAGUAGGUUGCCUUUUCCAGCAUCAACUGACCCAGCGUUACGGAUGAAUAACAGUGUUGUACAUGAUGACACAGAAAGAGAAUUGCAAGCUAAAGCAAAGCGAUUGGCCCGCUUUAAAGACGAACUUAGCCAACCUGAGCCAAGUGAUACUGGCAAUAGAAACCAAAAGACACAGCAGCUUGGUCAGUUGGGUAUGGACAAAAGAAAGCUCAAUGGGGAAGCUUCGGAUUUGACAGCAUCUUUACGUAAUAGCAACACACAAACUGAUGGUGAAGAUCAAGAUUCAUCCACUGUUAUAAUUGGAUACUGUCCAGAUAUGUGUCCAGAGCAAGAAAGAGCAGAGCGGGAGAGGAAAGGAGAUCUUGAUCAAUAUGAACGUUUGGAUGGGCAUAGGAACCAGACAACUGAAUAUCUUGCAGUUAAAAAGUACACUAGGACAGCUGAGAGGGAAGCUGCUCUGAUAAGACCGAUGGCAAUCCUGCAAAAGACAAUGGACUAUCUUUUGAACUUGCUGGAUCAGCACUAUGAUGACAGAUUUCUUGGCUUAUAUAACUUUUUGUGGGACAGGAUGAGGGCGAUCAGGAUGGACCUGAGAAUGCAGCAUAUCUUCAAUCUAGGGGCUAUUACUAUGCUGGAGCAGAUGAUACGGCUUCAUAUUAUUGCCAUGCAUGAAUUAUGUCAAUAUACGAAAGGAGAAGGGUUUUCAGAAGGAUUCGAUGCACAUCUCAAUAUUGAACAGAUGAACAAAACAUCAGUUGAGUUAUUCCAGUUGUAUGAUGAUCACCGGAAGAAAGGAACAGAGGUGCCUACAGAAAGAGAAUUUAGAGGUUAUUAUGCACUUCUCAAACUGGAUAAACAUCCCGGCUACAAAGUUGAACCAGCAGAGCUCUCACUUGAUCUGGCCAAGAUGACGCCAGGGAUACGACAAACUGCAGAAGUGCUAUUUGCUCGUAAUGUAGCUAGAGCCUGCAGAACUGGUAAUUUUAUAGCCUUCUUUCGUCUGGUUAGGAAAGCUAGCUAUCUUCAAGCAUGUUUAAUGCAUGCUCACUUUGGCAAGUUACGAACUCAGGCACUUGCUUCUCUACACAGUGGUCUGCAGAAUAACCAAGGCAUACCGGUAACCCAGGUUGCCAAGUGGCUUGGAAUGGAGGAUGAAAACAUGGAAGACCUUUUGGAAUACCACGGAUUCUUUAUAAAGGAAUUUGAAGAGCCAUAUAUGGUAAAGGAACAACAAUUUCUAAAUGGCGACACUGAAUAUCCUUUGAAGUGCUCAACACUUGUUCAUCGAAAGAGAUCUACAGUGGUUAUUGAGGAUGUUUUAUCUUCUUCUCUGAUGGAAUCUUCACCUCCUGAGGAUCCAAAAGGGCUCCAUGUCGACAUGGUUUCUAUGCAAGAAGAGUCACCUGUUGUCCAUGAGGAAACUCAAAGUAAUACCAAAGCUGUUGAUAGAGACAUGGCUGAUUAUGGAGCUGUCAAAGACGAAUUGCGAGUGCAGCCUAUGCUCAGUAGCAGAUGGAAUGAGGAUCGCCAUCACAUGGAAGUUGAAAGUCCUUCACUAGGGGAUAUUUUCAAAACCAAUAAUUCCUUUGGAUCUCCAAAAGUUAUUACUUCCAGUGUUGGGAAACCAAGUUUUGAUAAACGUUUUAGGAACUCUCUUGAGAAGCAUGGUCAGUCAAACACAUCGUCUAUACCGCCACAAGUUACACCACGACAAGUUUUUGUCGAAACAUUGCCAGAUUUACAGAUAGAUUCUUCUGUUGAAGAUUCAGUGGUCCACCCCGAUUUUGUUGAGGGCUUGGAACCCGAAGAACCUGAAAAUGUGAUUCAAGAAGUGCAAAAUGAAAUUGAUACGUCUAUAAAUGAAGAAGUAGCUGAGGCAAAACUUAGGCUGAUAUUGAGGCUAUGGAGGCGCCGCACUUUGAUAAAGAAGGAUUUACGUGAUAAAAAACAACUGGCAGCAAAUGCUGCAUUAAGUUCGUUGUCAUUGGGCCUUUCAAUGCGGCAGUAUAAAGAGCAAUUGAAAAUUCCUGGCGACUUUAACAUUGAUCGUGCGGUGUGUGAGAGAUUUGAGAAACAAGAACAAUUGUGGUCAACACUUAAUGUUUCAAAUGUGGUAGCAGAUACACUUGGUGAACGUUACCAAUAUCCCAGAUGCAUUUGCUGGAAAUUGUUAUUUUGUUCAUCGGACUUUGAAGGAGAGAAACUGGAAUCUGGGUGCAAAGUUUCCAAUCUGGAUCCAGCCUCAUGGCUGCGUUACAAGCUUAUGCCUGAAAAGGUUGCUGAUAAUGAUGAUUUAGUAGCAUCUUUUCCAGGCCUGUCAAUAUGGAAGAAAUGGGAUUAUGGAAAAUCGGCCGCUGAUUGGAUUUGUUAUUUGUCAGUGGUAAAAAACAUACAAUUUGAUCAUCUACUUGAAGAAACAGUUUUGGGUGCAAGUGCUGUCAUGUUCCUUGCCUCUGAGUCUAUCUCGUGGGAUGCCCAAAAGAUUCGUCUUCGAAAACUUGUAUCUUCUAUACCUCAUGGUUCUUGUUUGCCACUUCUGAUCUUAAGUUGUUCGGACCCUUCAAUCAUGGAGGAAAAUCUGGGGCUUAAUGAAGUCGAUAAAUCAAGAAUCUGCAGCUUUUCAGUUGUUCCGUUGGUUGAAAUCAAUCAAAAGGAUGGGUUUUUCAGUGAUAACCAUUUAAGGAAGGGGCUGGAGUGGCUGGCAAGUCAGAGCCCUUUGCAACCCGUUGUUCACCAUGUAAAAACGCACGAAUUAGUUCUGACACACUUACAAUUUUCAUCCAAUAUGCAGUUUGAUGGUCGUAAAACAAGCCCAGAACAUUGCAUCUCAGCGAUCAAUGAGGCCGUGGAUAAAUCCAUCGAAGAAAUUAGUGAUGCUGCAAAAUCAAACCCGGUUUGCUGGCCAUGCCCUGAGAUCUCAUUGCUAAGUGAAUCCGAUCAUCGAAUUUUGGAAUCCUACUUGCCUAGCAUCGGAUGGAGUUCUGGUACAAGAAUUGACCCCCUCAUUCAAGCAUUAAGAAACUGUAAACUACCGACUGUUCCAGAAGAAAUAUAUAGGCGUUUUCAACAUCCUUUGACAGGGACCCACAUCGAGAACCAGAGGCUAGAACUGGACCACUUUCUGGUUAGCUACUUGAGUCCUUUGAUGGGACCUCACUUAGCCCAAAAAGAAGCGUCCAUUUUGAUACAAAAUUGCGUGGGACUUGAGCUCAACGGUUCUACCUACUGUCUUGUUCCAAACUGGCUCAUGAUCUUCCGGCGUGUGUUCAAUUGGCUGUUAAUGAGUCUAUAUAAUGGCGCUUUUGCAACGACAUAUAUCUUGGAUGAUCCGAAACAAAAACAUAAUCAUGUUAUGGGUUCAAAAAGUUUGAAAGAUGAAACAUAUAACCUUAUAUCACCAUCUUUAGAUGAAAUGAUUGAGGUCAGUGGCUGCAUGCCUAACACUUUGGAAUUGGAAUUGGAAUUGGAAUUGGAAUCCAAGGAUUUGAAAGCAACAGUUUGCGAUCCCCCUGAAGUUGAAAUGGUGGUUAAUGGAGAUGAUAUGAUUCCAUUUCAAGAAGAGAGGAAUGAAAGGAAGGAGAAUGGAAGCAGUUUAAGCAGAUUGUUGGAACAGUGUAAGAUUGUGCAGGAUAUAAUAGAUAAGAAGUUAUCUGUGUACUUCUAAAUCUCAUGUUUUGUAAUGUUGUCAAAUCUCAUGAGUUAAUUACCACUUCAAUUUUGGUAUUGUCUUAUAGCAGGGAAUGAAUCCCUUCUUUGGUA